CCACAGAAGAGUGUUUACGAAGAAAGCUGAGCUGUUCAGAUAAAAACAGGGGCUGUGACUCCAGCGAGAGGAGCAGUGUGCCUGAGACAUAUCUAGCACAGGCUCUUUGUCCACUUGAAAGACUUUUUAUACGUUUUUAAUUGACAUUUUUAGAGAAAAAGAACAGUAGCGCACCAUGUUGUCGGUUAGUUCAGCCUGCAAAAUGUUUUUCUCCUUGCACGUUUUUCUGAGCGUGGCCGUGAUGGAGAGCAACGCAUCAAAUGGAAAUAAAGACUGCAUGCAGUCCAGGGGCCUGGAGUACAGAGGGGAACAACAGAGCUCCUCCUCAGGUCUGACCUGUCUAAACUGGACCAACACCACUAGAGACUAUGAUGUUCAACUUCACCCUGAUACACAGACAGGUGUGGGUGAUCACAAUUACUGCCGAAACCCAGACUCCUCUGAAAGGCCUUGGUGCUACAUCGCUGGCCCAGAUGGGACAGUCCAGAAACAAUUCUGUACAGUUGACACAUGCACGGACCAAGCCUCUACUGUGGCAGCAGAGGCCGAAUCUUUCAAGCCAACAGGAACCCUUCCCUCCACAGAGAGCUUUCAGCCAGCCAAGUCUGGAGCUUCUCAGGGAGAAGUUGCUGCAGUGCAGCCCGUGAUGGGAAUCAGCCAGCGAGCACGCACAGGACCCAAAAAGAAAAAGGACCUUGGCACGCUUGGCUACGUCUUGGGCAUCCUCAUGAUGGCGAUUAUAAUCCUCCUCGGAGUAGGCAUCACGUUAGGCUACUUCUAUAAGAGGGGUCGGGACUUAAAGAAGCAGCAUGAGCAGCGAGUGUAUGAGCGUGAGAUGCAGAGGAUCACACUGCCCCUGUCGGCUUUCUCCAACCCCACCUGUGAGCUGGUGGAUGAGAACACCAUCGUGAUCACGGCACAGCACGAGACAACCCCCGCCCUGGAUGGCAUGGAGGGCGGGGAGCCUCUCAUAGGCCAGCAAGCUGGGACACCCGGAGCAUGAGGAGGGGUGUAGUCCUUGAACGCAGGACUGUUAUAACAUUUUUGUGGACCAAAACACUUCUUCACAUCUUCGUCUCUCCUUUCCCCCUCCCUGAGUAAGCUCUGUUUUAAAUAAGGAGCCGGGGGGCUGUGUUCGCUUCAAAGGGAGCUGAAUCCUGUCCUUUGUGUCCUCUUUCCUUUGGUUUUUAUAAAUCUGAGGCACAAACAAGAUAAGCUGUGGACACAGUUUUAAGUUAGAAACCAUUAAGGGGAAUCUGUUAUUAAUGAAGAUAUGUCAUUAGUUCAUUUUUGAUACAUUUGAUAGCCAAAACAAUAAGAUGAUGGGCUUCCCCAUUCAAAAACAGUAUGAAUUUAUAGUCUAAUAGACUUUUACAGUGUUUAUGAAAGGCAAGUAAUGAGGGUUACCUUUUGGUUUUUUAGUAUGUUUCCAUGGAGAAGGGGCCUCCCAUGGGAGGUUUAAUUUGUACUGAUCUGUUUGCUGUGUCAAGGAAGACGCGGAUAAGAAACGUGUUUGUAUGAAGACUGCUUUGUUUUGGAGACACACUGGGGACACAGAUGUGUCCAAAAAUAUCCUCCUCUGAGACAGGAUGAGGAAACAUGAUGUAAAACAGGCCCACUAAAGAAAAGGGAAGGCCGCCAACUCUGCCUUGGCAUGAUCCUCCUGAAUGUAUUUUUUCAUCUUUAACCCGGAUGUUGUUUUUUUCCUUUCUGUAAUCGGGCGGAUGCAGUUACAAAGCGUGACGGGUGGUCAUUGGCAGACAUGAAAGAGGACUUGCCCUUUUCUACUACAGGUUAAGGAGUGACAGGAAAUAUAAAGAGGGCUUUCAAGAAGCAUGAGAGAGACAGUAGAUUGUCCUCAGGACAGAACAGCACUGCCACAACACAGAUCAGAAAAGACAGAUCCGUCUUUGCAGAGCAGAACAGCGAGUGUGUUGAAGUGCUGAAAAAGUCUGGUGAUGCAGACAUUUGAGUUAUGCACAUAAAUGCUUCAGAGCAGAGACAGGGAUGGAGUAAAAUAGAAACAGUCCAAAGUUUGGUGUUCAUUUAAAAAGAUGAGUGCAUGCACAUGGUUACCUGAUGUAUGUUUGUAUUCAGGGGCCAUUUUUUUGCAUCUUCAAGUAGAACUACUGAUUAAAAGGAGAGAUAUUAGAAAAUAUCUACCUGGUAAAAGAAAGGAUCAUACACAGAAGAUUUGCACUGUUAGUUUUCAUCGUAUCUCCAGUUUGUUUAUUCUCACUCCACGGGAUCUUGUUUUGUGAUUAAUGCUGGAUCCACGUCACUGUAAAUCUUUGGUUACUGCUGCUCCAUUCUUUUACGUGUCUGUGUGCUGGUUGUAAUUGAUUAUUUUCUUCAUAAGCAUCGUGUUCAAAAUGCUGUUGUUCAGCAUUUAAAUGUAAUACUUUGUAUGAAUGCAGAUUUCCACCGCUGAGAAUGAAAUAAAAGAUCAAACUCAGAAAUGA